AUGGAUUUUAUUGUUGGUCUUCCUCGAACUCUGAGAGGUAUGAACUCUAUAUGGGUUAUUGUUGAUAGACUGACUAAAUAUGCACAUUUUCUUCCUGUUAGAACUAGUUAUGAUGCAUAUAGAUUGGCUAUCAUUUAUAUUGAUGAAAUUGUUUGUCUAUAUGGAGUGCCGGUGUCUAUUAUGUUGGAUGGAGAUCCGAAGAGAGUUGAGAGGACUACUUACCGUUGGCCGAAUUUGUGUAUAACAAUAGUUUCCACUCCUAUAUUUGUAUGGCAUCGUAUGAAGCCUUGUAUGGCAGAAAAUGUACAUCUCCAAUAUGCUGGAUUGAAGUUGGGGAUGGAAUCUUACUUGGGCCCGAGAUUGUACAGACGACUACUGAAAAGAUCAAAGGGCCAGUCAAGAUUUGGUAAGAAGGGUAAAUUGUCACCCUUUUACAUUAGGCCAUUUCAAAUUCUGGAGAUACUUGAUCCAGUUGCUUAUAGAGUUGUUUUACCGCCGGGUAUGGAACAAAUGCACAAUGUGUUCCAUGUGUCAAUGUUGAAGGGCUACCUCUGGGAUCCAUUUCAUGUUAUAGACUACCACUGGAUAGCUCUUAAUGAGAAUAUGGAAUAUGAAGAAUGGCAUGAACUGAUCAUUGACUGA